CCCUCGGGCGGGUGGCUGGCAGCGGUGCCCGCGGAGGCGCGGCAGGGGCGGGCCCUGUCCCUCGAGGCAGCCCGCGGGGCCAGUGGCAGGAGCGGCGCGCCGCCAGCCGCGGGGGGCGUGGGAUGGGGGAGGCGGCGGAGGGGAGCGCCCGCUGCCACUAGAGCCAACCGCGCACUUCCGAAGGGUGUCGCGGCUGCGCUCCCCUCCCGCGCCCCGGGAACUUCAAAGCGGCCCGCGCCGCCCGGUCGAUCGCCCCGCUGCGCUCUGGGGCCCCCGCAGCCCCGUACGGCCGCCUGGUGGCCAUGACCCCAGCGUGCGGCUCCGCACUGAGCCUGGCUCUCCUGCUGGUGGCCCUGGCCGCCGAGCUCGCCGCAGGACUGAAGUGUGUGUGUCUUUUGUGUGAUUCUUCCAACUUUACCUGCCAAACUGAAGGAGCAUGUUGGGCCUCUGUCAUGUUGACCAAUGGGAAAGAGCAGGUGAUCAAAUCCUGCGUGUCCCUUCCGGAAUUAAAUGCUCAAGUCUUCUGCCACAGUUCCAACAACGUGACCAAAACUGAAUGUUGCUUCACAGACUUCUGCAACAACAUCACGCUGCAUCUUCCAACAGUAUCGCCGAAUGCCCCCAGACUCGGCCCCACGGAGCUGACGGUGGUUAUCACCGUGCCUGUUUGCCUGCUCUCCAUAGCUGCCAUGCUGACAAUAUGGGCAUGCCAGGACCGCCAGUGCACGUACAGAAAGACCAAGAGACACAACGUGGAGGAGCCUCUGGCAGAGUACAGCCUGGUAAACGCGGGGAAAACACUCAAAGAUUUGAUCUAUGACGCCACUGCCUCCGGUUCAGGCUCUGGUCUGCCUCUUUUGGUGCAAAGAACAAUUGCAAGGACUAUUGUACUUCAAGAAAUAGUAGGAAAAGGUCGAUUUGGGGAAGUGUGGCAUGGAAGAUGGUGUGGGGAAGACGUGGCUGUGAAAAUAUUCUCCUCCAGAGAUGAAAGAUCUUGGUUUCGGGAGGCAGAAAUUUAUCAGACAGUGAUGUUGAGACAUGAGAACAUCCUUGGCUUCAUUGCAGCUGACAACAAAGAUAAUGGAACUUGGACUCAACUUUGGCUUGUAUCAGAGUAUCAUGAACAGGGCUCCUUAUAUGACUAUCUGAAUAGAAACAUAGUAACCGUGGCUGGGAUGAUCAAGCUGGCACUUUCCAUAGCCAGUGGUCUGGCUCACCUACAUAUGGAGAUCGUUGGUACUCAAGGUACGUAAGCUGCUAUUGCUCAUCGAGAUAUAAAGUCAAAGAAUAUCUUAGUGAAAAAAUGUGACACUUGUGCCAUAGCUGACUUAGGGCUGGCUGUGAAACAUGACUCAAUCAUGAACACUAUAGACAUACCCCAGAAUCCCAAAGUGGGAACGAAGAGGUAUAUGGCUCCUGAAAUGCUUGAUGAUACAAUGAAUGUGAGCAUCUUUGAGUCCUUCAAGCGAGCUGACAUCUAUUCUGUGGGGCUGGUUUACUGGGAGAUAGCUCGAAGGUGUUCGAUUGGAGGAAUUGUUGAGGAGUACCAAUUGCCUUAUUAUGACAUGGUGCCUUCGGAUCCUUCCAUAGAAGACAUGAGGAAGGUUGUUUGUGACCAGAAGUUCCGACCAAAUAUCCCAAAUCAGUGGCAAAGCUGUGAAGCACUCCGGGUCAUGGGAAGAAUUAUGCGUGAGUGCUGGUAUGCCAAUGGGGCAGCCCGCCUGACAGCCCUACGCGUGAAGAAGACCAUUUCUCAGCUGUGUGUCAAGGAAGACUGCAAAGUCUAGCACCACAGACAGACAAAAGGAAACUGGCUACAGCAUCUUUUGUGUCUCCUGCUUUGUGUAAAUGUUUUUUGCUUCUUUUUGCCAUGUUUUGUUUUAGUUCUACCUCAAUGAUGAUUCAUGACAGUGUUUAGGUGUCUCAAAGGCAGCAUGAACAGAUAACUCUAAAGUUAAGCAUGGGCAGGUCUUGACUUUUCCAAUCUCCAUGUUGUCAUUAAUUUUAUUUUUAAAGGUGACACAACUCAUUUUUUUUUUAUUUAAGGAGGAAGAUGUUAUGAAUAUAAAAUAAGCUACAUAAAAUAGUAAAAUAAAACAAAACAAAUUGUUGUUUUACUUGAACCAGGAGCACAUAAAUGUGAUGAAAACAUAACGAAAAUGUGAACUAGGGAUAUUAUAGGAAAAUAGAACUUUAGAAGCUAUCUGGACCCUUGAAAAGUAAUGUUUGCUCAGAAUGUUAAUAUCAAAAGCCUGAAACGGUGGAGAUCACCAGCGGGUUCUGAGAGCAAGAUGAUUCUCUCUGCGCGUGUGCUCUCCUCCCUGCUGGCCACUCUCUUCAUUACCACUACAGCAUUCCCAAAGUAGUUAGAAAGCCACCGAGAUGCUGCUUCUGAUAUCAUAAAGAAGUCCCUGAUGUCUUGAACACUGUGAACUGUUUCAGAGUCAUGGAGCUCGUGCCAGAGAUGGUGACAAAGCCUGGGACAACAAACACUGUGAAGUUGGCUGGCCCUCCACAUUCCCUUCAGGUCCCACAGUUCUUUUCUUCCUAAGUGGGAGGGAGCAUCUUCAGUCAUGAUAUUUUUAAUUUAGUCAUAGAGAUACUAUAUUGAGUAUUUUGUAAGACCAUAACGGAUUUGCUAGAAUUUCAAAACCAAUCUACUAUCAUUUCCUCAUAAAAAUGUCAUCGUUAUCCCAUUCUUUAAUGAGAAAAAUGUUUUCUGAACAUUGCCAAAGACUGACCAAGUAUAAACAUAUAUUGUCUAGAGAUGUAUAUCUUAAGAUGUAAUUACUUUGGGGGUACAUAUUUAGAAAUAAAAUGACGAGAAGAUAAACAAGGAAAGAUUUUGAGAAAAAUCAAGAGAACUCUUCCAGAAGAGUUUAACCUCUGACUGGUACAGAGAGGACCACAUUGGUUAUUAGAAGACAUUCUUGGCCUUUUAAGGGAACUGUGAGUAGAGAGUUUUGGAGGCUCUGCCUCUAUUCUCCUUUUUUGAGGUAUGAAAUAUUUAACAGGACACCUGAUAUUUCAUUCCAAUGUACUAUACUGCUUUAGUAAAGGUGAUUUAACAUGUCCUUCAGUGUUCCCAAACUCCAUUACUCAGAACGUUCUUCUGCCUAGAUGUGUUCUCUGGCAGCAUCUUGAAGAGUGAUGCUGCACACUAGCACAUCCCAUUCUUUGAGGGUCCUGGCAGUAAAGACACAUUACCUGGAUAUUUUUAAGGCCAAGUAUUUGGUCAAGCAUAAUGCAGUCUUUUCAUUACAGGUAGGACAAAAUUUUACUUUCCGGCGUUUAGAUGUUCUACACAGUAUAACAUGAGGGGUCCCGUUCUGAAGGAUGCACCUAAGUUUUCCACAAGAGUACAACUUUAUGUGUACAUUUCACCUUGGCAAUAUGAUAUGGGAUUCAUUUCAUUUGACUAGGUUGAGAUAAGAGAAACAAAAUGCCUUGAUGACUAUGGGGUUUGCCUAUAUUUCCAUUCUCAAUCAUACAUUCAUCCAUUUAUAAGCACAGAGCACCCCAUAACUCACUUGCCACAAUAUUGGGUACAAGAGGGAAUAAAAAGAUAGAUAGGUCCUGCCCUCAGGGAUUUUAAAGUCUAAUUUGGGAGUGGGAAAAAGCAUAUGAGUAUGAGGGAAGAAAGUAAAUUGACAGAUAAAAUAUGCAGUGGGAUGUCUUGAGUUCUGUGUGACAAUGCUUUCUAGAAUAGGUCUGAAAAAAAUCACUUCCAAUUUGCAACACAUUUAGAAAGGAUCUUUAUUUAGAUAUUACAGUCUAAUUAUAUUAUCAGUAUCGAAAAGGUGCGCCUAUGUGAAUGGAUGUUAAAAGGAACUGUGUGAAGGGGUGAUCUGGCUUGUGUUUAUUACCUUAUUUCACACAGUUUCUGCAUGAAGGAAAUGAAAUGAUUGACUUAGAUGAUUGUAUUCAAAUCUUUAAUAAAAACUUAAUACAUCCUGUCCUAUUUACCACUGCUUUGUGAAUAUACUUACUAGAUUUUUAAGAGAGGGUGUUUUAGCAUCUUUAUUUUUUUGUCAUUAUGUUUUAUAAUUUAUUUGAGAGUAUGAGAAUGUAACUUAUAUUUUAUUGAUUCAGAUCUCACUGUGGAGAAAUCUGCACAUUGGUGUGUUCUGAGACAUUUCGCUUGUUCUUUUGCUGCUGAACUGUAAUUCCUAAGUAAAUAAUCUUAAAGGGACAGAGCAGCAAAUGUGUAAGGGAAACAGUAGAACUCGUAGUUUUUCCUUAACUCUCAACACAGUUAGACAUAGAAACUGCUCACUUAUUAAAAAUAGAGUAACAUUUAGAAAAUAAGGCAGAUUUACUGUACAUACCUAUGCAGUUCAAUUUUAUACUACAUGUUUUAAAUGGAAUGUCAUGUAAUAAUUGUUCCUUUUAAAUAUUGUUGUGAGCAAAAGUAUCUCCUUAGGCUAGGUGCACAGUGACAUCAUUGUUUUGCGCCUUAUGGAUAUUUUGGCUCUGGGUAUAGCAUAGAGCUUAGGAAUGCUAUUAUGAAUUUUAGUACUGUAUGCAGAAAUGAUGGGACUUAUACACAGCAUCACUCCUUGAAAUAUGAGGCACAUUAUUUGUUGUCGACAUUUGAGCAUGAAUUCGUUGCCUUAUAAGUCGUGCGUUUAAGUUUGUAAUCAGUACCAAUUCUGUUGUAUGCAUUCUUCUGUGUCUAAAAUAUUUGGCAUGUCACAUCUAGAAUUCUUAAUAUAUGUUCUGCCUUGAGAGUUAAGUGAAACAUGACUGUCGUGCUCUAUUUUAAGCCUAGCACUUGCUUUUCAUCUUUAUACUUUCAAUUAACUUUGCAUUUUAAAUUUCCAUAAUUGUAUGAAAAUAGUAACCUGAUUGCAAUGUCUGAAGAAUUUAAAAUCAGCUUUUAUUUUAAAAUGAAAAAUCUACAAUACAUUCAUUAGAUCAGAAGUUUCACAAUAACUUAUCAUUUCGAAUGCUUCUAGUGUUGCAGAAUGAUUAAACAGAAGAGAAGUCUACUGUCCUGGAAAUUUUGCCACCAUGGGACUUACUGGGGCAGAGCAAACUCAGGGCAAUCUUGGCAUCUAAGCAAAAGUCCCAGGGAACCGCUUAAUGCACUGCCUGAAGGCAGGGAGCGGGCAUCUGCCACCAUGCAAAGACCAAGAGAACAACUUAAAAUUAUAUGACAGGGAAUAGUUUUUGAUUGAUUCUGGAAAGCAAACAUGAAAUUUUUCCAUAGCUAAAUAAAUUCAUUUAAAAUGUGGAAAUUUUGAUUUCCUAUCAAGCAGUUAGGGGGAAAUAACAAAUUAUCAAAAUUGGUAGCUGAGGUCUUCAAUAGUCAUUUCCUUCAUAUGACUUUAAAAACUAACAUUUACCAACUCCUUAGAAAUGUUGAUGCUUAGUGUCCUAAAACGAUGUCACUGUAGUUUUUGAAGCUAUUAUCUCUUUUUCUUUGUGAAAUGUAAUACUUCACAGCUAAUAAUGCUGUGUUCUAGUUUCAGUUGUUGAUACUCACUUGGAAUUUUAGUCAUUAUCUUAGUGAAGACCGUCACUAAGAAAAUAGUGACCGUCAGAGUGAAGAGAGCUUUAAGGGCUUUUAGGGUUGUUUUUUUUUUUUUUUCUUUUUACAGGAUUCUUUAAAACUAAACCAAAAAAAUCUAGAAUGCAAAACAUUCAUUAAAAAUCUAAUAUUAAUCAGAAUUUUAUAGUGUACACAUUUUUUAAAAAAAAUUCUAAUGCAAAUUUUGAGGUGCUUGGCUUUCUUUUUGCCCUCUAACUUUCCUUUGUUUCAUUUAUUUUUCACCUUCUUUUAAAUUUAAUGUUCUUUCACCAUCUUCCAAAAUUAUAGUUACUUUUUAAUUAUUUUUAAGCAUAGCUAUUAUUUAACUUAACCAUCAUAGAAUUUUACAUUUGUGAUGGAAAAGAAAUCCCUUAGUGAUCUAAAUUAUUUCAUAUAUGCCACAGUGCAAAAUGAAAAUGAGAAUUUUAAAAGUUAAAGUGACUCUGAGCUUCAUAACUUGAUUCCAAUAUUUUGUAGAUGAAGAAACUGAAGAUCAGACAUAGGAUGGCUGCUAAUUAUUGUAAAAUGUGGUAGUAACAUACACUUCUGCAGCCCAGCAAACUUUUACAAAUUAAAAAGUUAAUCAGCACGUAUCUAAACCUGCUGUGUACGUAUAUAAUUGUAUAUUUAACAUAACAUGUCGUUCAGUGCUGAUGGUCAAAUCCUACUUCCUUGUGCAUUUCCAUGAAAAUAAUUUGCUCAGGUCUAAGUCAGCAGGAAAAAUGAAAAUAGGCAAAAACAAGGGUUUUAAAAUAGUCAUCAGGCUAGGUAGACCAGCCCUGGAGUGCUGGUAAAAUUGAAGAUACAAUUGAAGAGUGAGGAGUGUGAGGAGGUUCUCAGUGCAGGCUGGAGAUGCAGGUCCGUGGCAGAGGGGCUUGCUUAGCAUGUGCAAGGAUCUGAGUUGAGUCCUCAGGGCUGAAAAGAGGAAGAAAGAGCAGGAAGGAAGAGAAGAAGGGAGGGAGGGAGGGAACAGAAAAAAAUAUUCUCAGUGUGAGUAAUGACUACAGAAGCUUCCAGACUCUUCCCCUGCUUCCUUCCUACACACAUUGGUCAUCUCGCUUGUGUUGGAGUAGGUUGGAAGGUGAUUUGGUGCAUGAAUUGGGGGGCUGUGUUUGCUGUCUGUCAUCUAUCCACUCUUUCUCUCCUUAGCUUUGUCUUUGGCACUGGUUUUUUCCAGGGCAGGUUUCUUAAAACCCAAGUCACUCCACAGCUCUGUCCUUUUGUGUGUUUGAGUACUAUCCAAAUUGUUACACACUGAACUUCUUAACAAGGCUUUAAUCUCCCCACCGUGUAUAAGAGGUUUCGCCUCAUCAAUUCACUGCUGAUUAUUCUCUUGGCACUCGGAAGAGGGCUUUGUUAAUGGCAGACAUGACUUUCUCUUAAACUUUAGUCAGAUUGUCUGGUUAUAUUCUAGCUUUUAGCUAAGGCAUAAAGAAUGCCUGCUCCUGCUUUAAAGGCUGAAUUCUGCUUGAGCAGUGACUUGAACAGACUGUGAAAUACAUGUCCCUCUGAUGUGAGUGCUCAAGUUACUUCUGUGGUAAUUGGUGCCACUGGAUCGUUUUACUUCUCCCAUCCUUUUUAGAAUUGUUUAUUUAUUUAUUUUCAUGUGUUAUGGGGUGGUUUGAUGUGUGUGUGUGUGCACCAUGUGCAUGCCCAGUACUUGGAGAGGCCAGAAGGAAGAGUCAGGCCCCUGGAACUAGAAUUAUAGGUAGCUGUGAGCUGCCACAUGGGUGCUGGGAACCAAACCUUGGUUCUCCGGAAGAGCAACUAGUGUUCUUAGCCGCUAAGCCAUCUCUCCAGGCCUGCUUCCGCCAAGUUUUUAGAAUAAGCCAUGUGCCAUGCUCUUUCAAAUGUAGAUUAUACUGGAAUUAGGUAACAAUCUCCACUUUAAAAUUUCUUAUUGAGAACUGCCAGAAUUCUUCUCCAGUUAGCUGUAAAUGAACAUAACAUUUGUGGAAAAAAUGAGUUCCAGCUCAUCCUCAUUUUAAUACUGCCAGAAAUGCAUUUUCUCCUUGUUGGUCUAUGUUAUACCACAAGAAGUAUCUUCCUGGACCCAGCACUUUCCACUGGAACACUUACUUCCAUCCUGGGCUUUAGGAAUCUGAUUAUUAACACAUUCACUAAGAGCCUGAGUGUGGUAAGAAAUUCACCUCCUUUCCAGCGUCCCACAUGUGUAUUCUCCACAGGGGAUGCACAGCACAGGCUAGCUGAGGACUCUGGUGAACACUGAAAUGGGCUCUUCCCUCUAGACAUAAUUCUAUAACUCACAGAAAAGGACACGAUGCAUUUCUGUAUCAAUAUAAAAUGCCUGGGUUAUCCAUAAUUAAGAAAUUGGAGUGAAAUGUAAAGAUGGUUCUUGACAUGCGCAAACUGAACACAUGAUUUUGAAGACUAAAUACUUUAACUCUUCAUCUCAGUAUUCCCAAGAGUGGAUGAGGCAGAAGGUUUAUUCUGUUGACAGAUUUUUCUUUCCCUACCCCAAAUCAUCUGCAGGAAGGCAUGGGGACCUUGAUUUCUAGCCAUGCAUUGAGUUUUCAUUCCAUGGAUGAAUCUAUUUAUUUGCUUUUCCUGUGAAGGGAGGCUUGUAUGUCAGGCUCUUAGAAAGCCAAGCAUAGACAGAGAUUUAUCAACAUCCUCAGUUUUUCAGUGGCAAAAUAGUAACAGAAUUUUUAAGGAUCUGGCAGUUUUCUUCUCUCUUUAUCAAAUGAGGGUAUCUGAGUAAAAUAUUAGACUCCCGCUCAUCUCUAAAACGGCUUAUGUCAAGUCGUGUACUCUCCUGACCCUAGGCUGGAUAAAAUUAUUUGCACUUGAUUGGGGUUUCAGGUUUUAAAAAUGGCCUAAAAAGAGAAAAUUAGAUUCAGAUCUUUUUUAAAAAAGGAUUUUGGAUUGAUUUUCAAAGCGCUAAUACUAAUUAUACUUUUCUUUGGGUAGUGUGACUCCUCUUAUACCUAAGAACAUAUCACACAUGUCAAAACCAUUGCAUUUUGACAUUGCAAAAACAUGCCUUGAACUCUUGAACUACUGUGAACAGAGCCACUGUUGUAGAGACCUUUUGUAAGGUAGCUGAUAUUCCUAAGUAUGUAAAAAGCUAUCGCUUUCUAGAGACAGGCUCAAAUGAAUGUAUAUAAGGAAUGUGAAAAAAAAUAAAUUGGGUUUUAAAAUAAGAAGUGGAUGAUAAAUUGUAUCCAAAAUGUGCAGAUGGGAAUUGUAGUGUGUAGCUGUGUUUUCAUUGUUGAAGGCUGAACAGAGUUCCACGGAGUCAUGGAUGACAUUCAGAUGUUUCAUGAAUUUCGAAUCUGUGAACAUAUGCAUUUUAUAGUAAUAUAUACUUAUAUUGUUUAGAAAUAAUGACAUUUUAGAAUUUAGUAAGAACUCAGUGAUAGCCUUCAUACCAAAAUGUUUAACUUUGCCAACAGCAAGUCAUAAAAGUAUUUAUUUUAAAGCUUUUUAAUAUUACUGCAUAACUUCCUGCUGCCUCCAGGUGUACAUACUUCUCUGCCUAAAUGUUAUAUUUUUAUGUAUGCAUUUUCAGAAAGCAUAUUGUUUUGUAAAGUGGCAAAGACAAUAAAUUAAGCACUCCUUGCACUUGUUUCUGUAAGGCAUAAAGAACUCUAUUUUAAAUAAAAGAAAAUGUGUCAUA